AUGUCGCCCUCUACACCUUCACUCCUUCGCCUCUCCCUUCUUUCUCAACUGUUAAUCUUUUCUUCGCCAAUUUGGGCGGCCAACCCUUUCGUUCAAUACGCUAAUGACUUUAUCGACCCCGGAUAUAUCGCGGGGCUGAACGGAAAAUAUCCUGCCAGCCUGAAAAGCGCGCAGAACACCAUCGUUGCGUGGGCCGAGGAGCUGAAUUCACACGGGCCUUGGAGCGUCACCUUCAAGCCCGUCGUCGCCCCGAGCAACGAUAAGCAUGACUACAUGAGCUGGGCCCCAUACCAAUGGCCCGAUUGCUCGUCAGUUAAAAAUACGACGGUUCUUACGCCCGCUGAAAUCCGUACAACCUGUCCCUAUGUGAACCGAGACGGCCAGGUCAAUCCUGACCGCAGCAUCCCCAACGACUUCCAGUCCUUCUUCAACGUGUCCGACGCUGUCCUGUACAACUCCCUCGCAUCAACGUUCCAGGCGGGUUCUGCGGGAAAGUAUCAGGCAAAUGCCGUCAAGUACAUCAAGACGUGGUUUCUUGACGAGGCAACAGCGAUGAAUCCCAACCUGAAGUAUGCCCAGAUGCGUCUGGGGCCAACGGGACAACUUGGCACCUUCACCGGCAUCCUUGACCUCCGCAUGAUGGCCAAAGUCGUCUCGGGUGUGCUCAUCCUUCGCGAGACGAAGGCGGCGGCGUGGACGCAGGACAUCGACAGCGCAUUCGUCAAGUGGUGCAAGGCAUACAUCAACUGGUUGCAGACGGCGCCGACUGCGCAAGAAGCCCGAGAUGCGAAAAAUAACCAUGGCACGUUCUUCGCCGGCCAGUUCAUGGCACUUCAGGUCCUCGUUGGUGACAACGACGGCGCAGCGAAGACGGGGAGAGCGUACUUUGAUGGCGAAUUCAAGAACCAGAUCGCAGCGGAUGGCGAUCAGCCACUUGAAGCUACACGGACGCAUCCAUACCACUACCGCGGCUUCAACAUCGCGGGGAUGAUCACCGCUGCCCGUUUAUUAAAAUACGCGGACCCUUCCUCAAAUGUGUGGCAGACCAGUAGUCUCGCGCCAGGGGCGACAAUCCAGAAGGCGGUCGACUUCUUCAUGAGCACAGACCCCGCCAAGUCGGGCGAGACAGACGUCACCUACGAGAUUUACCCUAAUGUUGCCGCCGUUGCGGCGACAUAUGGCGACGCCGAUGGAAAAUACAUAGACUUCCUGAAGAAAUCGGGCUUUCCGUACGCGGGCGACGCGUUCUUCCUGUGGGACCAGCCGCUGGGCGUGCGGACUGGGAGUGGGGUAUCUUCUGCCGCCGUGUCACGAUCUAGUUUGCCUUCUCAUAGUGCUCCACAGCCGUCGUCUUCUGCGACGAGCAGCACUGGCCCGCGCCCGCCGGCAACCGGCAGUGGAAAUAGCGUCGGGAGCAGUGGCCAGGGCGGGGCUCCAGCGGACAAUACCUCCCCGAACAACAACGCGGGUGGUGCUCCUGGGCGAUCGGCGAGCGGACGCUCGGCAUCGUCAAUGCUGGGCUUGUGGGUGGGUGUGGUGGGUGCUGUAAUUGGACUGUUGUAG